UUAUUAUGCACUUUAACACACAGUCUACCUUAGAAGCAGGUGUUUCACGUAAUUUAGCGUAAGCACCAUCUGAAAGCCACUUUAUUGUUAUAUAAUAGAUAUUUUCAGUGAUCCCAAAUGUUUUAUGAAUAAAAUAUUGCCGAUUUUUACUUGCCUAAUAAUAACACGCUAACUAUCGCUGCACUUCAAAAAUAAUUGAGACGUUAACUUAAUCCUAGUGGGUUCAUUCAAAGUCGUUAGUAUACUACACUUUUACCAUAAAUGUUUAAAAAUGUAUCCAUGAAGCUGGUUAGAGUCAUGUGCUAUGAAGCUAAUGUUAGAAUAGAGGUAAACUAUAUCUUACGAUUAUGAAAACCUUGUCUUUUCUGUAUUCCAGUAUCCUUUGAAUUUUAAUAAUUUGUCUUCAGUAUUAAAGAAAGUGCUAAACUGAGUAACCAACAUCCUAUUCAUUUACGUGUUUUAAUCCAAAUUUGCAGAACUAGACUAAACCUAUUUUGUGCAUUGUUCCCUGCCUGUGAUUAGUCGAAUUGUCAAUAUCAAGAGGUUGGUUAGGAGCUGGUUGUAGUUCGGUAUCUUAGAGAAGGUUCCAGUUUGCGCAAUGCCAGAAACUGUUGCUGUGAAAAGCUUUAAAGAUGGGCAGCAAGAGGAACAAGAGUUGGCCUCCAAAGCUCUUCGUAUACAAAAUAAACGAUUCUACCUAGAUAUCAAGCAAAAUAAGAGAGGUCGCUUCGUGAAAAUAACUGAAGUUGGCAAUGGAGGACAGAAAUCGCGCAUCUUGAUGUCAAUGCCUGUUGCUCUGGAAAUGAAAGAAAAAAUUAACAAACUUAGUGACACAUAUAGUCAACUUCCAUCUCACAAUCGUGAGUCACUCGCACAAGAUGGGCGCAUUGCGUCUGACAUUAUUGUUCGUGAUAGCAGGCGCUAUUAUCUUGAUCUCAAGGAAAAUGAACGUGGUCGUUUCCUGCGUCUCGCUAUGCUUUCUAUGGGCGUUCGUGUUCAGAUUGCAAUCCCAGCUCAGGGUAUGAUCGAAUUGCGCAAUGCAUUGACUGAUCUUAUACAAGGCUAUUCAGGAGAUAUGGAGAAUGAUAUAUUUUCAGACUUACCUGAAUCUAAAGUACUCUUCGUAGGCAACAAGACAUUUUAUUUCGAUGUUGGUUCUAAUAGAUUUGGUGUAUUUCUGCGUAUAUCCGAAGUUCGUGCUAACAUUCGUUCCUCAGUCACCAUACCUGAACAGCAUUGUACGCGAUUUUGUGAUAUUAUUACUGAGUUGGCAAACAAAAUGUCCAAUCAAAAGCUAACUAACGGAGUGUCUGAGAAUGGAAACAAUUCUGACCAACCAGAAGAAAAAGCUGAAGAUGAUGUAAAAGAAGAUACGAAUGGGGAUUCGUCGGUCGCAUCUUAAUGCGUUUUCUAUGAUCUCAGAAAUGUUGUAUGGCAUUUAUUGUGAUGGGGGCUACUGGUGUUUAUUAUUCGUUUUACUUACAAAUGUCCUAUUUUAUCUCCCUCUUAUGGACAUCCAAUUAGGCUGGACGGUUUUAUAUAAUAAUUGUUUUAUUUUUUAUGUAACUUAGUUUGUUUUUUUUAGAUAUACGCACAUUAGUUUGCAUUUCUUUAAUUUGUUUUUAUGCGCAUGUGCUUAAUAGUCAUGUGUAUUAUUAUUUAUAUUUGUGUGACUUGUCCUUCUCCAUAUUAUACAUAAUAUGAAUAUUCAUUUUUUCUGCAGCUUUUAUGUGACUUUAAUAUAUAUAAUAUAAUUUAUCGUGUUA